AUGGCCCUGCCCGCGUUCGAUCCCUUCGAGGCAUUGGGACUUCCGAGAGACGCUUCGGAACACGUUAUCAAGGAACGGUAUCACUAUCUCUCGCGGAAGUACCAUCCGAAUCGACACCAGGGCAGUGACGAGUCCAAGGCCACGUUAUCCGAGCAUUUCCAUAACGUCCAUCAGGCAUGGAAGGUGUUGAGCCAGGCGGACAGCCGGCGACGACGGGUCGAGCUGUUGAACCUUCUGGAGCUUCAAGAUGAGAUGCUCACGCAGUUUGUCGAGCUUUUGAGUGCAGACACGCCGGAGGAGAAGCACGAUCAUCACGCAUCCGAUGUUGAUGGGCAUGUAUCGAGUGACGCGGAUGAAGACCUCCCCAAUGUCGGCUUGCAGCGAAGGCAGACCUUCAAGGACUUCCACGGAACCAGACAUCUGGGAGACCGCCGCCAGAGCAUCGAUACCGCAUCGCCUACGAGUCCGACCAAGAAGACCCUGAAAUGGUCUUUGUCCAAGCUUACGACGGCAAAGAAGCAGGAACAACAGAAAGAGGCAGACUACUUCACCCAGCGCCGGAAGAAGCUCGAGAAGCUGAGACGGAAAGAGCUUGAAGCCUUUUUGGAAUACCGAGAUGCUAUGGUGGCUAAAUUUGAGGCGGAAGAGAUUGUGGAAACGCAGUAUGAGGAGUACGAGCGAGCAAAGUGGAAGCGGGAAUACUUUGAAAGAGCACCCAGAGGAACAACAGAACGCUUUCGGUCGUUUCAGCAUGCUAUGUCUGCCGUUACUGCUUUCGAGAACCAUGCACCACGGAAUCGUAACCGAUCCACUCUCAGCAACUACUCAGUCAUGUCACCGACUGUCGGCCCAGGCGAAGGGCCCAAGUUCCUGGAUCCGGAGCAUGCUAUUUCGAGACAAAAGACGGCACAUCGAAGAGGUUGGAGCAGUGAUAUCAGUGGUGACCAGACGGACAGUAGCGAGGAUGAGUCUACGGAGCUGCAAGGGUCAAGAAAGAUCUCACCACCUGGAAAUUUCCAUCAGCCUCCCAUGAGGCAUGGUAAACUUGUGACGUUUGAAAACUUCAAGCGUCACGCCAAUGGCAAGCACGCUGUAGCAAUAGAACAAGGGGGAGACUCGCCUGGGCCAUUCAAGCUGGUUGUCAGACAGCCUACAGAUCUUGGGACGAUUGUGGAAGCUCACGACUCGAGUGGAGAGACGCCGUCGGGUUCUUCGAGAUCACCUUCGCCACAGCCUGUAACAGGCACGGAGCUGGCCAAGUUCACCGUGGUGCCUUCUUCUGGGACCGCAGACAUCUUUGGCGUCCCGCCUGAGCGUCGUGCUCGAUCACGCAGUCCAGCUGGACACGGGAGAUCUCCUUCGCCCACUCCUUCUGAACCCGAACAACGCCGACUCGUACAUGAUGGAUGUCGAUUCGAAACGAAACACAUUGGCCCACCCGAGCAUCACCACGUUCCCAUCUCACACGUGCAUCUGCUGUCGAGGCAAGAGAAGUCUGAUAUUCUUGGAGCGGAACCGGACACUGAGCUUGACCCGUCUGUACUGCUCCAGCGACUGUCGAGUCUUGAUCCAAGAGUGGCGUCUAGAUUUGAAGUCAAGCCGGACAUGGAAGAGAUGUUUAACUUCAGACUCAUUUACGGCAACAGAGAAGUCACCAGCCGACAGCAUCAGUCUUUCAUUGCGCUCAGCUAUCGACGCAAGCUGCAUGUCGAGAGGCAUUCUACGCAUUACACACUUCCAUUGGAGCCGGAGAUCUUCCAGGCCGUAUGGGACGAGAGACAAUCCGAUUCCGAAGGCGUUUGGAUCGAUCAGAUCUGCAUUGACCAGGACAGCGACAUAGAACGAACGAUCUCAAUGUCUGCCAUGGACAUGGUGUAUAGGAGCGCCCGAGUCGUGGUGGUUGCAUUAGACGACAUUGAAUUGGACCAAUUCGAAGGCGAGCUUCUGCAGAAUCAUAUGGACGAGUAUUCAGGCAUGACCCAUGUUGCCCCUCGGCAUCGAUUCCGACGCAAGCAGCCGCCGUACCUCGAGACUCAUGAGGAUCUCUACAAAGUUGUUCGAAAGAUGCUGAGGUCUUCGUGGUUCAAGCGCGCCUGGUGUCGGCAUGAGAUGAGGCUGGCCAAGCAUCACGUCUUUCUCAUUCCAUGCAAGAGAGCGGGCACUUGGGGAGGUCGAGAUGUGCUGAGAUUCAACGGCAAGUGCAUAGCACAUCUGCUGGAUCUUUGCGUUGAAGUCCCUUUCGAGCCUGAUGUGGAGUCGGUCAAGCCAGCCCUUCAUGGAUUCUUUAGAGAUCGCGCGAAGAUGGCAGAGAACGAGAGGCAGAUGCGUCUGCAUCAUGGCAACUUCUCGACUGUCGUCGCAGAGGUCUUUGCAAUGGAGGCUGGUGGCGAUCCUCGAAUUCCAGCCGAGCAGCGACUCUCGGAUGCUAGGAAGGACAAGAUAUCGAUCAUCCUCAACACUUUGGAGUGUGGACUGUCUCUUCAUGAGGGUGUGCGAGAUCCAUCUGACCCGCGCUACAACAUCACGACGGACAAUCAGUGUUUCCAUGACUUGUCGUUGCUGGCGCUUGCAGCACAAGAUCCGGGUGCGCUGUGCUCAGUCGGAGCACCACUGCCCAUCACAGAAGAUGCGUCGAGCUGGGUCUACAUGCCAACCGUUGCUGAUUCUGGGUUGAACAACUUCAAGACCUUGGAGCGGUUACCAGCAAAUGCCAGAUUUGUAACACACACGAGUGGAUCUGAGCACUUCAUUCAACUGGACAUGAGGUUCCUGAAACGCACGAGAAACGCCAGAGCGUCAAUCGACCCGGACAUGAUUGAUCUAGCCCGGCACUUUAUGAAUGUCUGUGAUGAACGCAAGUGGGGUCGUAAUAGGAAGCGCUAUCUCAUACAUGAUCGAAAGGCGAAUCUGCUGUUUGGGCCUAUGAAAGAGGUGUAUAUCGAGACGCUCGCCUGCGUUUUUCACUGCGGACCAGACUGGAUGAGCGAUGUUUGUCGAAGAUACAGCAUGAGCCGUUGGAAGGUCGAUCUUCAGCCAGCCUGGCAGCUUCUCAUCGCGCUGCAGAAUACACACGGUCGAUGGCCCGCCGAUUCCUGGGACGAGCGCGCGGCUGCAUUCAUCGCGGACUUUGUCAACUUCCUGGUCAUUCGAGGUCUGCCGCAACGACAGAUCUCGAAGCCUGAACCAUGGAGACCGCUCUGGGUCAGCACACCUCUAGGCGGCAAAGUCCUCACAUUCGUGCCCAUCUCCGACGAGACCGUCCACGCAGCGAUCCCCACCGUCCUGAUCAACGCCGACUACGUCCAUCUGGCACGCCUGUGGAUCCUCAAACCACGCUCAAUCCCGGAAGACCUCGAAAAGAAUGUCGAUCUCGUAUCUUAUUCUAACGACUGGACUUUACUCGGCAAAUCUGUUUUAUUUAGCGACGAGCUUUCCAUCGGACAAAUGACUGCAUAUGGAGGGGAUUUCAAGGAUCAGCAGAGGGUUUUUGGACGGCGGAAGGAUAUGGCUAAUGGGAUUCCGGGAGUCAGGGAGAGGAGGAGGAAUUGA